AUGCUCGCACUCACCGCCGCCGCAGCAACCCUCGCCCUCGCAGGGUCAUCCCUCGCCACGACCACCAUCACGGCCGCACCCUCGCCCUCCCAGGUCCAGCAGGCAGUCAAGCGCGCGGCGUCGCAGAACCCCUUGACAGACUACACCUACUCGUACUCGGCUGUCCCGUACCAGGUUCUGCCCGGAGCUGUCGGACGCGGUCCCCAGUCCGGCUACAACAUCUGCAACUCGACAACCUCGGGACCGGACUCGCAGUGCCAGACGCUUGUCGCCAACAACGCGAGCGACUUCUGCCUGUGGGGAUCGCCGACGACUUCGCCUAACGGUACCAUCGGCGAUGUCGAGGCCGCGGUCGUUGCCUACUGCACGAACGACCAGCACGGUGCUCGUGUUCUUCCCGCAGGCGCCAUCACCGGUCUUCAGUUGAUGCACACGUCCGCCUACAUCCAAUGGACGGGACACAUCAACAUGACUGCGUUGGGUUUGAUGGCGACCGACACCGGAGGAGAGCUGGACCCGCACGGCGCCGAUUUGGCUGGUAACCCUCUCGGUGGUCUCGUCUACUCGAACCAGAUGCCGGGCGGGAACAACCAAACCGAGAUCCAGGCGAUCGAGUGGAACAACUUCGUCGGCUCGGGCGUCUUCUGCUUGAAGUUGUGCUUCGACAACACCCAGAACGAGCCGUUCUACUGCGAGAACAAGUUUGACUUGUUGGGCUGCUCCUACAACAUGCCCGCCGCGUACCAGGACGGCGUCUUCCUCGAGUGCGAUGGCGACCUCCAGGACGUCGUCGGCACCUACACCGGUACCGACGGCUCCAAGACCAUCUGGUCGCAGCCAUCGUCCCUUCCUGCAACCUCGACGCUCCCUUGGACGCCUCGCGUGCCGGCGUCGAGCAACUGCAAGACGUACCAGUCGACCGACUUGUUCCCCAACUCAUUGCUUGGCUACCAGUCCACCUCGACCUCUUCGUCGACCGCCUCUUCCGCGACCAUGACCGGCGGCGCGUCGGCCUCACGCUCUGGCGCAUCCGGCGCAGGCGCAACCGGCACCUCCGCCAACGCCGCCGCACAGACGAGCAAGACCUCCAAUGCAAACGAGGUCGUCGUCUCGGGCGCUUUCGGCGCCUUCCUCGCCGGCCUCGCGGCGUUCCUCGCCUGA